AUGAUGACUUUCCUGGGCAUGUGGGCCUGCCAAAGAAGAGAGCUGGAGCCUAUCAAGUUCGGUGGACACGGGGGUAGCAGCCAAGCUAGUUCAUCCCAGCCUUCCGCCGGCGAUGGCCAAGAGGAGUCUAGCUUUGGUCGAGGCCGCGGCCGAGAGCGCAGCUUGCAAGAAUAUGAAAUGGACGAUAUCAAGCACACGGGCGAGCGUGCUGUAUGA